UGCAAGCAUAAAUUGCAGGAAACAAAUCUUGUACUUCCUCCAUAACUGUUUCUUUAUGACCAGCAUUAUUUCUGCUACUACACCGAAAACCAAAACUACUAUUAUUUAAACCUAUUUCUUUCAGAGAUUUCUCUUUGGUGAAAGUGGAGAAAAAGACAAUGUUUUUGAUAUAUAUACAGUGAGUUCCAAAGAGUUCUGGAAAAAUAAACAAGGAAGAUCUACAAUCCUGGAUCUCAACAACACUGAAAUACCUUUACUUCAAGAACACAUCAAGGAGCUGUACGUGACACACUGUGAGAAAGCUGCCAGGGACUAUGUGUCAGAUGUCUCUGGGAUUGUUUCAUAUCUGCAUUUGGCAAAGGAGAAACGCAGCAGAAAGAAUGAAGAUGAUAAACUGUUCAAACUGCUAAGCAAGAACCUGGAGAAGAUGUGUGACACCCUGAAAAAGUUUUUAAACACUUCUUACAGUGAUCUUGGGAAGUACUUACAGGAAGGAGCACAACUAGCAGAAAAAAAUUGCGUGAAGACUGCCAAUAACGAAGUCCUGGAGCCACAACAGAAAGACCCCAGAGGUUAUCACAAGACUCUCAAAGCUUUAUGCACAAAUGCUGGAAGUUUCAGAUCUGCCAGUGGAAAUAUUGUUGAUCUGAACUACACUCUGUCAAAACCUAUGUAUGAGAAGGUAAAUCACAUCUUUAUUAGCACCUUCAGAUUUGACAGAGGCACACGAAAAUCAAUCAAGGGAAACCUUGACAGUUUCCAGUGUGACUUUGUCUCAAGUGAAUGGCUGAAGCAUCACAAGAAUUCUCCAACUUACCUACGUCUGGUGUGCAUUAAGACUGAGUUGAGACAUUUACUGAGUGACUUGGAAAAGAUUAUUCUUAAUAAGAAGAAAAACAUCUAUAAUUCCCUGAGUGAUUCAGUCAAGAAUGCCAUGCUUUCAGCUUACCAAGAGGGAGCACUCAUUACUGGAACCUUUACUUUAUCAAAGAUUAAAGCAGUUCUUGAAACCCAGAUUGAGUCACUGAAAACAUGCAUGUUUCAGGAAGCAAAGACAGAGAUGCUGAGGCAGUUUAAUGACAUGAAGGAGAUAAUUGUAAACAGACUGCAGAAUGAAAUGAGUACUUCACUUACUCUGUAUCUAAGACAAAUUCCAGGAGAUAUUUCUUUCCCAGAUGUUGCAGAAGAGUUUGAGAGGAUGAAGGAGUCCUGUAAAGCUUUGAACCUGCAGAUUUUUACAUAGAAAUCAUACCCCUGGAAGAAGACCAAUGAACAUGUGUUGUGUCCCAUGACUGCAGGACACAGAGCAGUGCUCUCUGUAUUUUUCAUUUAAUAAUAAUUGCUUACACUUAUAUAGGGCUUUUCAGACACUCCAAUCAAAGCUUUACAGG